UUAAUCAGUGAAGUCUUCUGGAGCUAAACAGACAUCUGUAAGUGAUACAUUUUAGAAUCUUUGAAGAAUAUCAAGACAUCCAUGGCCUGCCACAGUCACCUAGUCCUCCUGCUUCUGGUCCUGUUCGCAGUCAGUUGCCACCUUUCAAAUGCCCAGCACUGGUCCCACGGCUGGUAUCCAGGCGGGAAACGAGAGUUAAACAUGGCCUCUUCCCCAGAGGUUUCAGAAGAAAUAAAGCUGUGUGAAGGAGAGGAAUGUGCGUAUCUAAGGAACCCCCGGAGAACCAUGCUUAAAAACAUCUUGACUGACUUUUUGUCAAGGCAACUCCAGAAGAAGAAGUAAUGUUUUAGUAUCCCUCACUAUCCACAUGGGACUUUUAAGUAACGUUUGCCAGCUGCAAAUUGUGUAAAACCAUCCAAGUCAAUUUCAGAAUCACGUCAUGCCUAUGAUGUCAUCCGUCUAGAGGCUGGACAACAACUGGGAGUUUGAACAUUACAUAUACAAUAUUGUUGCUUUCUUUAAGAUAUAUUUUCACAUUAUUUUGUAUACUAUACCUUUGCCAACUGGAAUCCUGUAUUAGAUCUAAGAAAAUUCAUUUUUUCUGUUUGUCCUUAGACAUGUUUCUUUAGGUACAGUUCUCCCAUCUAUGCCCGUAGAUGAGAAUGCUUGUUUUGAUUACGUUUGGAUUUUGGACCUG